AUGAGGGCUCUCGCCUCACUUCUCUUCCUCGCCUCCGUCGCCUCCGCCCUACCUCGCAACGGCGGUGCCGGAGACGCGGCAGGCCAACAGGUCGUCGACGAUGACCACGAUGCCGUGCCCGAAUUCUUCUUCUACGAAGACGACGACGCGGAACCCGUCAAGGACGAGCACUAUUUCGAAGCAAAGGAGGCGCCGAAAAUAAGGCUGCUGCCGAUAGUCCACCCGAGCACAAAGUCAGAGUCCGUCGAUCGGCUCAAACCCUCGAGAAGGCUAACGAGCAGCUGCGUAGAAUAUGUCGAGCUCGGGUAUUUCGCCAUCAUUUCGUACAACUUCACCUACCCUUCCGUCAACCUCGACGAUUACAAGCACAUCGACGUCGACUAUGACCCCGACACGGGUCUGACGGUAGGUUUUCACAGUCAAAAGGCGUACGAAACCGCGGUGCAGCACUGGAAGGGCCAUGAUUACCUGAUCUUCAUGGCCAAGACGACGGGCUGCGUCGACCAUCACUUGGACCGGUGCUACUUCCUGGCGUCGCGUUUGAUCUUUUCGAGACGCGACAAGAGCAUAACCGCCACCGGGGAGCAUCACCCGGUGAAGGAGCUCAUCAGCGACUUCGACUCCAAAUGGAGCUACUGGGAUCCGAUGGGCGCCAUGCAGUCGUCCCAAGCCCCAUCCCCCGGGGCACCGGCGGCGCCUUCGUCGACGAAGCAGCGCCGAGACGGCACGGCCGACUCGGGCGACGCGACGGACAAGCUCCGCGAGGAGUUGCGAGAGGAGCUUCUCGAGGACAAAUCGAUCAACCCGGUGUACCUUGACCCGUACGCGAGCUUCCCGGACGUUGACCAGGAUCGGGACGAGAUAUUCCGCAACGCCGUCGACAGUGCCGUCGGCAACCUAACCAGGGAACAGCUGACCGAAGGAAGCAACACCGUCGACAGUGCCGUCGGCAACCUAACCGGGGAACAGCUGACCGAAGGAAGCAACACCGUCGACAAGCGCUCCCCCUUGGGCUACAUCAAACAGCGCAUCUACAACGCAACGUCCAUCAAGAUCAACGACACGUACAGGCUCAGCUGGAUCUUCCCGUCGGCCGAGGCCAUCAACCACGCGCAGAGCUGGACGGGAAACGUGCUGAGGGCGGCGGGCAGGCCGGUCGGUCAGCUCGAGGACGCGCUCGACGUGGGCUCGCCCUGGCCCAACUCCAUCUUCCUUGGGUCAUUCCCGGCCGAGAACAAGCAGCCGACGGGCAACGAGCUGGCGGGCAAGAUGGCCGAGCUUUCGAACAAGUUCGGGUCGAACCGCUGCAAGAGCCCUUCGAAGGCCGGCCUCAAGGUCGGCGGCAAGACCAAGACGGGCUCGGGCAUCUCGUACGGCCUCGACGUCUUCUGCGUCGACUGCGGCUCGAGGGGGAACCUCGGCCUCAUCAUGGGCCAGGUCACGUACAGCGUCCUCGAGAACAAGGUGACGCAGGGACGGAUGCGGCUGGACAUGGACGUCCAGGUCGGCCUCCACCUCGGCAUCGUCGGCCUGAUACACAACCAACACGUGCGCGUCGAGCAGCCGCUGUUCAAGUACGGCUUCCCGGCCUUUUCGUACGGCAUCGUCACCGUCGGACCCAUGAUCGAGAUCGCCGCGGGCGCCGAGCUGAGCGCCCACGUGUCGGGCAGCAUCCUCGCGGGGGGGACCCUUCGGCUCAAGGGCGUCACGUCCAUGAAUUUCGCCGAGAAGACGGUCAAGUCGGCCGAUUUCGAUCCCGCCGUUCGCACGAGGCUCGAGCUCACAGGCGCGCUCGAGGCGACGGCGUCCGUCUCACUGCCCAUCAAGCUGAAGCUCGGCAUCGACAUCGCCUCGCACAGCCUCGCCGUCGGCGUCGUCGACAGGCCGUCGCUGACGGCGGCGGCUCGCGUGGAAAGGUCCAUCAACCUCGCCCACGGCGCCGACGAGUUCGUCGCCGAGAGCUUGACCUGCCCCGGCAUCAUGCUGAGCGUGAACCUCCGAAACGCGCUGACGGCGGCCGCCUUUUUCGGCAAGUCGGAAAACACGCUGGGGCACCUGCACCACUUUCAACAUCCGCUGAUGCAGCGCUGCCUCAAGUAA